UCAGAACAAUUUAUAACCUGCGCCACUUUUUUAAUGAGAGAUUAGCUAUUCUAAUCUCUCAGAGGCUCAUUCUGUCAACUGAAUGGACUUUAAGCUUUAAAUAUUUUUUCUCAGUUUUCUCUCACUCAGUCAUCUACCCAUAAACUACAAAGCUAGUUUAGCUUAGCAUUCAAACUGGAGAUAUGAGUGGUGAAACAGUCAAAGUUGCUGUUUGAUGGAGUGGUUGUAGUGUUUUCCAGAAUAAAUCAGCCAGUAUAACUGUGUGAAAAUGCCAGGAGUCGAGACACUGAGAGAUUUUGUCAACCAGAGACUGACUGCUGCUGCUGAGGAGAUUUUUGGAGUCUUUGAAAGAACGAUAGCAGAAUACGAGGAACAACUUUGUCGAUGUAAAGAGGAAAACGAGCGAAAACAGAAACUUCUGGACGAUGUUCAGCUUCGCUUUCACAGAGCAGAUGGCCAGCAGCUGUCAGCGCAUCAAGAAGAGGUUCCCUCUAAGCAGCAGGAUUGGAGCUCCAGUCUGGACCAGGAAGACACUGGGCCUCCACACCUUAAAGAGGAAGUGAAGGAACUGUGGAGCAGUCAGGAGGGACUGGAUUCAGCUCAUACAAUCAAGUUCCCCUUUGCUCCUGUCCCUGUGAAGAAUGAAGAUGAUGAAGAGAAACCUCAGAUCUCACAGCUUCAUGAAAUACAAACUGAAGGGAUGAAAACAGGAGCUAAUGGAGAGGACUGUGGAGGACCAGAACAGGCCAGGAACUCAGAACCAGAGAGACAUUCACAUUCAGAGAAUCAGGACAAGACUGGAGACUGCUCUGAAGCUGAAACUGAUGUCAGUGAUGACUGGAGGGUCACAUUGGAAAAUGAUUCUGGAUUAAACUGUGUGGAAAACUUUGAUGAUGCCCGAUCAGACUAUGACAAGAAAUCACACAGCUGCUCUCAGUGCGGUAAAACAUUCAGAUGGAAAUGUCAUCUUGCUACACAUCUGAGAAUUCACACAGGAGAGAAACCCUUCAGCUGCCCUCAGUGUGAUAAAAAAUUUAAUCACAAGUCUAAUCUGGCUACACACAUGGUGAGCCACACAGGAGAAAAACCCUUUAGCUGCACUGAGUGUGGUAAAAAGUUUCACCUAAAGUCUCAUCUGAAAACACACAUGUUGAUGCACACAGGAGAGAAACCCUUCAGCUGCUCUGAGUGUGCUAAAAAGUUUUACCAAAAGAGUCAUCUGAACUUCCACAUGUUGGUGCACACGGGAGAGAAACCAUUUAGCUGCUCUCAGUGUGAUAAGUCAUUUCACAGAAAGGCUAAUCUGACAAAUCACAUGUUAAUUCAUGGAAAAGAGAAAUGCUUCAGCUGCCCUAAUUGUGAUAAAAAAUUUAACGAAAAGUCUCAGUUGAGCUCCCACAUGUUUGUUCACAAAGGAGAGCAACCGUUUAGCUGCUCUCAAUGUGAAAAGGGAUUUAAUUACAAGUCUCAUCUGAACAGACACAUGUUGGUGCACACAGGAGAGCAACCGUUUAGCUGCCCUCAGUGUGAUAAAAAGUUUAGGCACAAGUCCAAUCUGACUUCACACAUGGUGAUCCAUACAAGAGAGAAACCCUUCAGCUGUGAGUUCUGUGAUCAAAAAUUUUCAUGGCUUACUCAGGUAAAAAAACACAAGUACAACCAGCAGCUGUCAGUGACUCAAGAAGAGGCUCCCUCUGUGCCUCGGAGCUCCAGUUUGGAGCAGGAGGACACUGAGCCUCCACAUAUUAAAGAGGAACAGGAGGAACUACGGAGCAGUCAGGAGGGUCUUGAUCAGGCUUAUACUAUCAAGUUCCCCUUUGCCCCUGCCCCUGUGAAGACUGAAGAUGAAGAAGAGAAACCUCGGUCCUCACAGCUUAAUGAAAUACAAAGUGAAGGGAUGAAAACAGGAACUGAUGGACAGGAGUGUGGAGGACCAGAACAGGCCUGGAACUCAGAAUCAGAGAGACAUUCACAUUCAGAGACCCAGGACAAGACUGAAGACUGCUCUGAAGCUGAAACUGAUGACAGUGAUGUCUUCUACCCCCAGUAUAACUGUGUGAAAAUGCCAGGAGUCGAGACACUGAGAAAUUUUGUCAACCAGAGACUGACUGCUGCUGCUGAGGAGAUUUUUGGAGUCUUUGUAAGAACGAUAGCAGAAUACGAGGAACAACUUUGUCGAUGUAAAGAGGAAAACGAGCGAAAACAAAAACUUCUGGACGAUGUUCAGCUUCGCUUUCACAGAGCAGACACACAUCAGCUGUCGGUGACUCAAGAAGAGGUUCCCUCUGAGCAGCAGGAUUGGAGCUCCAGUCUGGACCAGGAGGACACUGAGCCUCCACACCUUAAAGAGGAAGGGGAGGAACUGUGGAGCAGUCAGGAGGGUCUGGAUGAGGCUUAUACCAUCAAGUUCCCCUUUGUUCCUGUCUCAGUGAAGACUGAAGAUGAUGAAGAGAAACCUCAGAUCUCACAGCUUCAUGAAAUACAAAGUGAAGGGAUGAAAACAGGAGCUGAUGGAGAGGACUGUGGAGGACCAGAACAGGCCUGGAACUCAGAACCAGAGAGACAUUUACAUUCAGAGACUCAGGACAAGACCGAAGACUGCUCUGAAACUGAAACUGAUGACAGUGAUGAUUGGAGGGACACAAUGGAAAAUGAUUCUGGAUUAAAAUGUGUGGAAAACUUUGAUGAUGAUAGAUCAGACAAUGACAAGAAAUCACACAGCUGCUCUCAAUGCAGUAAAACAUUCACAAUGGAAUGCCAUUUUGUUACACAUAUGAGAAUGCAUCAAACAGAGACACCCUACUCCUGCUCUAACUGUGGUAAAAGAUUUAAGUAUAAGUCAAGUCUGACUAAACACAUGGUUAGCCACACAGGAAAGAAACCAUUCAGCUGCUCUCAUUGUGAGAAGGGAUUUUAUUACAAGUCUCAGCUGAACUCCCACAUGGUUAUCCACACAGGAGAAAAACCCUUCAGCUGCUCUGAUUGUGCUAAAAAGUUUAACGAAAAGUCUCAUCUGACCAAACACAUGGUUAUCCACACAGGAAAGAAACCCUUUAGCUGCUCUCAAUGUGGAAAGGGAUUUUAUUACAAAUCUCAGCUGAACCCUCACAUGUUGGUGCACACAGGAGAGAAACCCUUCAGCUGCCCUCAGUGUGAUAAAAAAUUUAAUCACAAGUCUAAUCUGGCUACGCACAUGGUGAGCCACACAGGAGAGAAACCCUUUAGCUGCAAUGAGUGUGGUAAAAAGUUUAACCAAAAGAGUCAUCUGAACACGCACAUGUUGGUGCACACAGGAGAGCAACCCUUCAGCUGCUCUCAGUGUGAUAAAAAAUUUAAUCACAAGUCUAAUCUGAAGGUACACAUGUUGGUGCACUCAGGAGAGCAACCCUUCAGCUGCCCACAGUGUGAUAAAAAAUUUAAUAACAAGUCUAAUCUGGCUACACAUAUGGUGAUCCACACAGGAGAGAAACCCUUCAGCUGCACUCAGUGUGAAAAGGGAUUUUAUUACAAGUCUACUCUGAAAAGACACAUGUUGGUGCACACAGGAGAGAAACCCUUCAGCGGCUCUGAGUGUGAUUAAAUAGUCUACUCACAAGUCUUAUCUGACUUCCCACAUGGCGAUCCAUAAGGGAGAGAAACCCUUCAGCUGUGACUUCUGUGAUCAUAAAUUUUCAUGGGAUGGUCAGGUAAAAAAAACACAAGUGUAACGGUGGCCAGACAUCAUAAAAUAAGAGAAAGAUGAUCUAAUGAGGAGAAUUAUGUAAGAUGAGAACCAGGCAGUGUCUGAGAUAUAUAAAAAGUAUAGUGCUGUCAAUCGAUAAAAACAAAAAAAAAAAAAAUUAAUCAAGUUAAUCACAUCAAUAUGUUGUCAUAAAUCAUUAUUAAUCACAGUCUUUCUUUAGUUUUAGUCAUUUUUCGAUUUUAAAUGCUCUUAUUAUCAAGUGUUUAUUUUCACUAUUUUAACUUUAUG